UUCAAGCUCUGAUAUACUGGUAAAUUAGCAAGUGGAACAAGCACUUUCGGACACGUAAUAAAGUAUGUCUACAAAUUGAAGAAUCUGCGCUGGGGUGCUGCCCUCUAUAAAUCUAAAAGGCCCAACUUGUGAGUUCUUUUCCAUAGAUUGGGUUCGCGUUUAGGUAUUCAGAUUUUGCUGGAAGAGGAACCAUUCGUACUCUCAUCGUGCUUGCGGAAACUGAAGCAAAAUUUGUAACAGGAUGACCUCAAUGGAGGAAUCGUGGACUAGUUGGCUCUGUGAUAUGGAGCCAGAUGAUUACAGUUUCAUCGGUCAAUCAGACACAAAGGUGGAGGAUGUUAAUGGAAGUUUAGCAUCUCCUCGUGAUAUAGCCACUGCAUUAGAAGAGAAUCCGCAGAGCUCAUUUUCCACUGAGAGUCACUCUUCAGUGACUGAGAGUGGCAUAGAAGAGAGGCCUUUGAAGUUAAUCAAGACAUGCACUUCAAACUCUGCCAAAACAGACCAACUCUCACAAAUGAGAGCUUCCACACCCUGCUCCUAUAUUCUUUCCUUUGACAACACCAAUCCACCAACACCUAAGGUUGAAUCGGCUAUAAAGCCAGAAACCAAGGUUGUGAAACGUGGGAUAGCUCUGCCUUCAAAGAAUGAACCAAAACGUGUUACUCAGGAGAGCAAGAAAACGGGCUCAUCAGCCAGAUCUUCUCAUCACACACAAGAUCACAUAAUUGCCGAGAGAAUGAGGAGAGAAAAGAUUAGCCAGCAGUUCAUAGCCCUCUCAUCCCUUAUUCCAGACCUCAAAAAGAUGGACAAGGUGUCUGUAUUGGUGGAAGCUAUAAGGUACGUGAAGGAGUUGAAGGAAAAAGUGAAAGUGAUGGAGGAACAGGGCAAAAGGAAAAGCCAUGAACCGGUGACGUGUGGGAAGAAAGCUCAGGUUUGUGCUGCCGCGGACGAGGAUGUCUCAGACACUUCAUCAAAUUCCGGUGAGUUCGGAAAUUCUGACGAUCCCUCAUCCAAAACAAAUCUGUUACUGCCAGAAGUAGAAGCAAGGGUGUCAAAGAAGAACGUGCUGAUUCGAAUCCUCUGCGAGAAAGAAAAGGCAGUGUUGGCGAACAUUUUUAGAGAGGUAGAGAAACUUCAUCUCUCAGUCAUCUAUAGCAGCGCCUUAUCUUUCGGCUCCUCUGUUCUCGACACAACCAUCGUAGCCGAGAUGGAAGAUGAAUUCAACAUGAGCGUGAAGGAACUGGCUGGAAAUCUGAGAGUAGGACUGAUGCAGUUUAUGUAGAGUAUGCAGAAGACUGAGCUGCAAUAAAGACCAGGAAUUCAGCGUGUUAAAUAUCCUAGUAAAUCUAAUCUUUGUUGUUAAUUAGCUUAUGUAAAACAGCAUUAGACUGAACCGGUUAGAGAGAAGCAAUGCCGUAGCAUGGUCCAUCAUGGGAAAGUGGGAUCUAACUUUUUGCAAAAAGGCUUACAGCCUCGGAAACUAUGCAUUUUAUAACUUCCCUUA